AUGCUUGGUGCUCUAAACUUGAGUGCUAACCAGAAUGCGGUAGACGGCGAUCAAGCACAGCGAGCUUUUCCUCGUGAGCUACCCAUUGUUCAACGUGUUCCCCGUAGGAUCCAAUAUUAUGAAGAUUCAGACGAGGAGAGUGGAGUUGCAUACGAUCGAUUUGUUCAUCAACGAAGGAAUCAAAGAAAUUGCCAUGAUGCUGGAGACUUUCGUUUGAAGGCCGAAAUUCCCGUUUUUAACGGAUGCUUAAACAUCGAGGAAUUCUUGGAUUGGCUUUCAGAAGUCGACCGGUUCUUCGAAUACGCCGAGGUUCCCGAGGAGAAGCGUGUGAAGCUGGUGGCAUACCGAUUGAAGGGAGGAACAUCUACUUGGUGGGAUUUAUUGUUCAUGAAGUACCAGAGGUGUGUGCAAGGGUCGAGGUCCAUCCAUGAUUACACGGUGGAAUUCUUAAGGUUGGCGGAGCGUAAUGCACUAAACGAGUCAGAGAGCCAACAAGUUGCCCAAUAUAUGGAAGGUUUAAAGCCAACUAUUCGGGGACAAGAUUGGCAUGCAGAUGAAUCAUCACAAGCCUCUGCAGAAAGAAGCCAAGCUACGAAACAACCCGAAUUAAACAAGCAAGGUCAAGGAAAUUUCGAUAAAUCAGUUAGCAAAAAGUUGGUGACCGAGACUGAAGUUUCGAGGAACCAAAAUUCUCUUGCCAAGCAAUUCAGAGCAAAGUGCUUCAAGUGCAACCAGCCGGGUCAUCGAUUGAGUGAUUGUCCUCGGCGAAAGGCUAUUGCUUUGGUGGAGCAUGAGGAAGAUGUUGAAGAUGUGUUUUGCGAUCCUGAGGAAAAGGAAGAGGAAGAGGAAGAAUACGGUGGUGAUGAUGAUUAUGAGCAGACAUACAUGGUUCGGAAGUUGAUGCUCGCACUAAGCAAGAAGACCAAUCCCAGAGAAACAAGCUAUUUUUAUGACACUGAUGCAAAACACCAUGGCAAAGAGAAUAUAUAUCAGCUCAUAAAGGAAGGGGUACGCUACACCCUAGUACCCUUAUCCGAAAAACCUAAGCCCAAAGUUGUCCCAAAAGUGGAGAGUAAAGCGUUUUUGAUAGAGACUCAUUUGGAGUGGGAGAUUGAAGUUGAUUUUAAAGAGUCAAAGGAAUUGCAUGUGCUGAUUGUGAAGGAUUUACCAUCGCAGAAGCAAAUCGUGGAGGUGCCACAAGAAGUGAAGCCCCUACUUGCAGAAUUUGAAGAGAUUAUCCCUGAGGAGUUGCCAGAUAGGUUGCCUCCAAUGAGAGAUAUUCAGCACCAAAUCGACUUGAUACUCGGAGCAAGCUUACCUAUUUUGCCCCAUUAUCGCAUGAGUCCACACGAGAGUGCAAUACUCCAGGAGAAAGUAGAGGAACUGCUAAGAAAAGGUCAUAUUCGGGAGAGUUUGAGUCCAAGUGCCGUGCCUGCAUUAUUGACUCCGAAGAAAGAUGGGAGCUGGCAUAUGUGUGUCGAUAGCAAGGCCAUUAACAAGAUUACGAUGGGAUACAAGUUUCCCAUUCCAAGGCUUGAUGAUAUGCUGGAUCAAUUACACGGGGCGGUGGUGUUCUUCAAGAUUGACCUUCGGAGUGGAUACCACCAGAUUCGAAUUCGUCCAGGAGAUGAGUGGAAGAUUACAUUUAAAAUUAGAGAUGGGCUUUAUGAGUGA